AUGAGCUCGUUUGCGAGCUCAGUCGGGCAGCGGAGCCCAGGCGGGAGGGCGAGUCAGGGGGUGCAGACCCCAAAACCCAAAAACGCGCCUGGGAUGGAGCGCCCCGUCCCCGAGGGGCUGCGGGGGGAAAAGGAGAAGGGGGAGGAAGAGAGGGUGCUGGUGUCGGAGCACAGCUGGAGACCCUGCCCCACCGCCCGGAGAAGGGUCCGAGGGUGCUUGGAGUGGGUGAAGCGGCAGCUGUUCCGCGUGGGGGAGGAUUGGUACUUCCUCUUCAUUCUGGGGGUCCUCAUGGCCACCAUCAGCUUCACCACGGACAUCGUCGUCGCCAGGCUCCAAGCGGCCCACAUGUGGCUGUACCAAGAGAUCGGCGAUGUCGCGGUGCUCAAGUACCUCUCGUGGACCCUGUACCCCACGGCACUGGCCACCUUCUCCACCGGCUUCUCCCAGAGCAUCACCCCGCACUCCGGAGGCUCCGGCAUCCCGGAGCUGAAGACCAUCCUGAUGGGCGUGCUGCUGGAGGACUACCUGGCCAUCCAGAACUUCGGAGCCAAGGUGGUGGGGCUGACCUGCACCCUGUCGUGCGGCAGCACCGUUUUCCUUGGGAAAGUGGGUCCCUAUGUCCACCUCUCCGCCAUGGCCGCAGCGUAUCUGGGGAAGAUGAGGACCACGGUCACGAGGGAGUAUGAGAACAAGUUCAAGCAGCACGAGAUGCUGGUGGCAGCUCAAGCUGUAGGGGUGGCCUCAGUCUUCGGCGCACCCAUCAGCGGGGUGCUUUUCAGCAUCGAGGUGAUGUCCCCCCACUUUGCCGUGCGGGAUUACUGGCGCGGCUUUUUCGCCGCCACCUGCGGGGCCUUCAUGUUCAAGCUCCUGGCCGUGUUCAACAGAGAUCAAGAAACCAUCGCUGCUGUUUUCAAGAGCGACCUCAAGAUUGAUUUUCCCUUUGACCUCCUGGAGACCUUCUUUUUCCUGAUUUUGGGGACCAUCUGUGGGCUCGUGGCCUGUGCUUACCUCUUCUGCCAGCGCUGGUUGAUGGUGGCCGUGAGGAAGAACCGGCUGACAGCCAAGCUCUUGGCCACCGACAAACCCCUGUACACGGUGCUGGUGGUGCUGCUCCUCGCCUCCGUCACCUUCCCCCCCGGGCUGGGGCAGUUCAUGGCCUCCAGGCUCACCAUGAAGGAACAUCUCACCUCCCUCUUCGACAACCGCACGUGGGGCUCGCUGGCCCCCAACGCCUCGGCAGUGGCCAAGCCCUGGGGGCUCUGGCAGGAGUGGGCCCAUCCCUCUGCCACCAUCUAUGGCACCUUGACCUUCUUCCUGCUCAUGAAGUUCUGGAUGCUGACCCUGGCCACCACCCUGCCCCUGCCAGCCGGGUACUUCAUGCCCAUCUUCAUCUACGGAGCAGCCAUUGGGCGCCUGAUGGGGGAGGUGGUGGCCCUGCUCUUCCCACGGGGGCUCCAUUCAGAGGGACCCCCACGGCCCAUUAUUCCUGCUGGCUACGCCCUGGCUGGCGCAGCCGCGUUCUCGGGCUCGGUGACGCACUCGGUGUCCACGGCCCUGCUGGUGUGUGAGGCCACCGGGCACCUGGGCCACGUCCUGCCCACCGUGCUGGCCGUGAUGGUGGCCAACGCCAUCACCCAGAAGAACCAACCGUCCUUCUACGACGCCACCAUCAUUGUCAAGAAGCUGCCCUACCUGCCCCCCAUCCGCAGCCGGCACAUCGCCUCCUACCGAGUGGUGGUGGAGGAGUUCAUGGAGCGCCGGGUGGUGGCCUUGGCCAAGGGGGACGGCUUCCAGGAGGUGCUGGUGGCCUUGGACGCCUCUGCCGAUGCAGAGUACCCUGUGGUGGAGAGCACAGGGUCCCCCACUCUGGUGGGCACCAUCAGCAGGUCCCAGCUGGUCACCUUCCUCCAGAGCCACAAGCACCCCCAGGCGCCCCAAGGGGAGAAGCUGGCCGCCGUGGGGACGCUCGGGGAUGACUGCACCAUUGAGCCCAUCAUGCUCCAGUUCUCCCCGUGGACCUCCUUGCAUCAGGCCUAUCACCUCUUCCAGCUGCUGAAGCUGCAGCGAGUCUUUGUCACCCGCUCUGGGGAGCUGGUGGGGGCCGUGAGCAGGGCGGAGCUGCGGAGAGCGAUCGAGGACCUCGCUGACCCCAAGUGAUGUUUGGGACCCCAGGGAGCCCCACCCCAGGGGCACCCCCAUGGAAACGGGGGUGUCCUGACCCCCCCCAGAUGGUGAGGGGGGUGUGGGCUGGGGGCGCCGC